CCUGUAUAGUAACUAUGGUGACUUAAUGCUUGCACAGUUAUGAUUUGUAUUUGUAUAGUGGUAACAGCGAUAUAUAAAAAACAGGGAUGUUAGACAGAAUCAUUUGGAUUUUUUCAAAAAAACAACAGAAACAUUGAUAAAAAAUUUCAAAUGCUAGCGUCAAGUGCUUACUUAUAUGGUAAUAGUUCAUUAGAUGAAAAAAUUAAACACUCAUUAUCAAGAACUAACCAUGUCUUCAACAGCGUCUACUCGCGCUCAAUGCCAGAUUUAACUAAAGUAUCAUCAAAAGACACAGUAUCUGAUUCAAAAUCUGAAAUUAGAAGAAACUCAAUUACAGGAAAAUUUGAAAUUUUCGAGCAAACCGCUGACUCAACUUUGGGAAGUAAUUCUUUUCUUCCUCCUAUUCAUUUAUCAAAAUCGGAUGUUAGUUUAACUAAGGCUGAUAUAACAAAAAAUUUACCAACUGAAAGCAAUCCUGAAUCACAAAAUAUAAAAACAAUGGAAGCAUCACCUGUUAAUUUAUCUGGAGAUGGCGCAAAUAAGAUGUUUGACAAUUACACUUUCACUAAUGUAAGAGUUACAAAUAGCGCCCCAAAUGGCGCAAACCUUGAUAUUAACAACCGUCUCAGUGAACUGAAGAAAAAAAUGGACGAUGUGGCAAGCCAGCUGAAACCUAGUCCAAGUGGGAAGUUUUCUGCCUUGGAAGAGUAUCAACGACAAAUGCAGUUAAAUUAUAAUCAAUCAAAUAACGAGCAGAACUAUAACCGUAUAAGAAAUUUAACCACUAACCGUUUUGCUUCUGCAAUUCCAUUCAAAUCGUACGAAAAAGCCAUUAACAGACAAGACACGUUUAAUUUCAAACCGUUACCAAAAUCUGUACAAGAUGCGUACAAUUCAGAGCAAUUUGAGAAAAAAAACAUUGAUGAAUACCAGGCUCCCUCUAAUUUUCAAAAACAUGAAGCUGAGAUAAAAACACCGAGUUCUAUACCAAAUCCCCCAUACCAAAUGAAAUAUGGCGCUUCUUUAGAAGAAAUUAGAAAUAAUGCAAGCAGGGAUAGCCAGUCACAAAAGUCGAGCAGUCAACCGUCAGAAUCAGAAAACUCAGGAAGUUAUACAGAAGAUAACGAAGAAGUUAACAAAAACAUUUAUCCUUCCCAUAAAGCGCAAGAAUACUUAUAUAAUAACAAAAACAAUAUUAACAAAAGAAAAAUUAAAAAGCUUGAACCCAACGGAAUUUCUCAACGUAAGAGCCCCAUCCAAUUGUCUAAUGGUUCGUACGCUGAUCUUGCAAUGAAACAGCUGGAUUACAAAAAACAACAAACUAACCGAAAAGUUCGACCAAUCAGACCGUCAACAAACGGGAAUUAUUUAAAUGACGGACAAGAUGACAAAAAUCGUUAUCUUGAUGUAAAUAAUUAUCUUGACUCGAUUCAAUCAAGUAAAGACACGAAUUCUUUCAACACAAGUCCUUCUUUGCUUUAUCCAGGAUCUUCUAAGCCAGCAUCUCUGUAUGGAAAAAGUAAAACUUCGAAGGCAGCUGAUGGGUCAUUGUAUAAAGACUCUCCCAACGCAAAAAAAUACUUUGAAAAUUUGCAUAGUGUCAGUAAUCCGUCGGUUGCUUUAUUAAAUAAUUAUCCAAGUGCGUCCGUUUAUUUAAAUACUUCAUUAUACCAAUCUCCGCCAGAAAAAUCUUUGCCCGACAAAAGCGUGUUACAAACCGGUAAAGUAUAUUCCCCUAGUAGCCAAGUUGUUUCUAAUUCUAGUGGUUAUAACAGCGAUGAUACUCAGAUCAAUCAAGUCGGAAUGUAUGAACCUAACCCGAAUGAAAAUCUUGUAUAUGAAAAACAAAAGGCACUCGAAAAAAUGAGAGCAGACUUUGAAAAAAAAUUGGCAAAUAUAAGAAUAUAAAGAUGAACUUAUGAAAAUAGUUAUUAUGGCAAACAUAAGAUAUACAGAGAAUCUUUAUGGAUAAUUCAAUUUUGUAUACUGUUGCUGUAAUGUAAUGAAUGGAAGCAGAAGAUAUAAUUGGUCAUAUAUGCGAAAUUAUAAGUGGUCAUAUAUGCAAAGAUAUAAGUUGUCUCAUUUGCAAAGUUUUGAGUUUUAAGCGAAUUGCUUAAAUUGCUUUUUUAAAAAAAACUUUUUUAAUUUUUAAAUGUAUAUAUAUUUACAAUACUUGUUUAAAAAAAAACAACGAAUAAUUGUAACAUUUUAAGAAAUUAGAUUUCAAAGAAACGCUUUAUAUGUUUACAUA